AUGGCAACCAUAGCUACUAGCCUUAACAUAGCAACCCAGCGAGCCGUCAUCACCAGCAAGAGCCAACCAGCUCGUCUCGCCUGUCCUGUCCGUUUGAACAACCCGUGGAAACUUGGUUCAAGAACAAACCGCUUGGUGAGCUUUAGGCCGGUCAAAUCAACGCCAGAAGGUGUGAUAUCCGAUAAAGUGGAGAAAAGCAUUAAAGACGCAAAGGAGAGUUGUGCUGACGAUCCCGUCAGCGGAGAGUGUGUAGCUGCGUGGGACGAGGUUGAGGAGCUCAGCGCAGCAGCUAGCCACGCUAGAGACAAGAAGAAAGCUGGUGGUUCCGACCCUUUGGAGGAAUACUGCAAAGACAAUCCUGAGACUGACGAGUGUCGUACUUACGACAACUGA